AUGAAUCCCAGGGGCCUCCCAUGUGACUUCUUUGUGAGUCAUAGCUGGUCACACCCUUUUGCCGAUUCAGUUGCUGCUUUGCAGAGGGAACUGAUCUUGACGAAGGAGUCGCCGCAGCGGAUCCCAGCCUGCGUCUUCUGGAUUUGCCUCUUCGCGUUGAAUCAGCACAACCUGCAAAAUGAACUCUCCAAAGACUUGGCUCAGAUGCCCUUUGCAUAUGGCCUGGCGAAGGCCUCACGGGGCGUGUGGAUGAUCUUGGACCAGGGAGUGGAGCCAUUUCGGCGCAUUUGGUGCCUUUAUGAAGUUCAAAGAGCCUUUGAACUGGGGCAGCCCUUGCGACUGGUCUUGGAUGGAGGCGCUGUGGGGUCACCUGGAGCUUCCAAAGCCAGCCCUGACCCCACCGCCGAAGCGCCCCUCGCGCUGCUGGUGGCGGAGGAGCUCCAGCGACUUUCAGCCUUUGAGGCUUCCGCCAGCAUCCUGGGAGACAAGAUCAAGAUCUGGCACGAGAUCCUCAACCCAUCGGUGAAGAAUGCGUUCCCGAUCCAAAAGUUUGAAACUCACUUCGAGGAGGGCACUUGUGCCAUUCGGGGCUUUGGACCCAGCUGGUUUACCCACUUCGACUCCCGCGUGUGUCAACUCCUGGCCACGCCGGUCUUCAACUUCUGCCUGGCGGAAGGUCGGGCAGCACUGGCUUUGCGAUACUUGGGUUUGGGCGCUCAAAGCUCGCUGGAGGAGCUUUUGACCUGUGAGAGGCUUUUGGCGACACCGCUGAGAGAGGCUUGGGUGUAUAACCCCUGCUGUGGCGAAGCUUUGCUUCUUCACGUCUUUUCGCAUCUGGGCGACUCAGAACGCUUGAGCUUCCUCCUCAAGGCCGCCGCAAAUCCAGCGGAACGAGCUCACGAUCAGAAGCAGCGCAGUGCCUUGCACUUUGCAGCGAAAGCUGGUCAUUGCCACUGUGUCCAACAGCUGUUGGAUGCCAAAGCUGCUGCGCACUGCCCAGACAAGAAUGGAGAGACCCCUUUGCAGAUCGCAGCUUACGGAGGUCAUUUGCCGGUCGCAGAGCUGCUGCUGGAGCGCAAGGCCAAGGUGGACUCGGCCGACCGCGAUCGCUGGACGCCGCUGAUUUGCGCCGCGCGGGCGGGGCACGAGCCGUUGGUGGAGCUGCUUUUGGCGCAGAAGGCAUCGGUCCAGGCAGCUGACAUGCUGGGAAGCACUGCGCUGCGCCACGCGCAGAUGGCGGGGCAUCGGCUUCGAGUGUUAGAAGCCGCCAGCCAUGCAGCGGAUCUCGAAGAGAUGGCGCUCAUAGAGGAGGAGGUGCAGGAGGACCAAGCGCGACACUCCUGA